UGCUCACGUAACAGGACGGCACAAGGUUCGCAGGCUCAGGUGAUCGCUAUAAAGGCACUCUCGCUGGUGGGUCACCUUAUACGGCUUCCUGCUCAUUUCGAAACAGACUAAUCCGCUAAGCCCGUAAAAGCCAUGACUAUUACUCUGUACAACUGGCCAGGAAGCCCGCCAUGCGGCUUCGUGCUCGCGGUCGCGAAGCAACUGGGCGUUCCAAUGGAUGUUAAGAACGUGAAUCUGGCACACAAAGAGCAACUAAGCGAGCAGUACCUCAAGAUAAACCCAUUUCACAAGGUUCCUGCUCUUGACGACGAUGGCUUCAUUGUUUACGAAAGCGCGGCCAUCGUAUACUACCUGUUGCGGAAGUACGCCCCGAAAUCAGACUUGUACCCCGAUGACAUCAAAUUGCGCACCCAGGUCGACCAGGUCAUCGCCGUUAUGUACGGAACUGUUCACGCUUCAGUGGCAGACUUCUUCAGACCUCGCAUACUGCUGAAGACAAAGCCCAGCGCUGAAGAGCUGACUGCAUACGAAGACAACGUCGUCAAAGGUAUCGAGAAGAUCACCGGUGAAGGAAAGUUCGCGGUCGGUGACAAGCUGACACUUGCCGAUAUCGCCAUCAUCCCGCAGCUGAUGUUAGUUGUCGAGGGGCCCGUCAUCGACCUCAACAAGUACCCAAAACUUGUCAGCUACUACAGAAACAUCAAAUCACAGCUCCCGUACUUUGAAGAACUCUACGGACCUGCCAUCAACCACAUAGAGCAGCGGUGGGCCGCUCUGCAGUAAAGACUACAUCUUUGCCUAGCAACGUAAAGGAAACUAAAUGCUUGCCGUUGUUAUCGUUCAAUCAAA